GGCCCUCCUUACCGUCUGACGGGGUCCCUGUCCUCAGCCUCUGCCCUCCAGACCCCGGGUGGCCUGGGGCUGUGUGGAUCGGAGAACCUGGUACUGGGGACCUGGGCCCAGGCCCCCAGCAGCCCCCAGCCCAGGGGCCCCCCGACGCUGAGCAGCAGGGUCAGGAUCAUCUUGGCUUGGGGCGGACGCAGCCUCUGUGGGUGACUCCAGAAACUGCCAGUGCUGGUGACGUUGUCUUCAAGUUAAGUCUCAGAAGGAAAAAAAAAGCACGGGGACAACAAAGAGAGGAAGUGGCCUGGGCCGGCCCACCCGAGGCAGCAGCAGGGACAGCAGCUGCGGCAGCACUCGAGCCAGCUCCAGUCACAGUUCGCCCGGGGAGUCAGGCCCCGUCCCUGCCCACAGCCAUGGACGUCUUCAAGAAGGGCUUCUCCAUCGCCAAGGAGGGUGUGGUGGGCGCCGUGGAGAAGACCAAGCAGGGGGUGACAGAGGCUGCUGAGAAGACCAAGGAGGGUGUCAUGUAUGUGGGAACCAAGACCAAGGAAGGUGUUGUGCAGAGUGUGACCUCAGUGGCUGAGAAGACCAAGGAGCACGCCAACGCCGUGAGCGAGGCCGUGGUCUCCAGUGUCAACACCGUGGCCACCAAGACCGUGGAGGAAGCAGAGAACAUCGCGAUCACCUCCAGAGUGGUGCACAAGGAGGACCUGCAGCAACCUGCCCCCUCGCAGGAGGACGAGGCAGCCAAAGUGGAAGAGGAAGUGGCUGAGGCGACCAAGAGUGGAGGAGACUAGAGGGCUGCAAGUGAGCUCGGAGGCCCUGAGGAACACCCCAAACCCUCCUGGCACAAGGAGUGUCUGGUCCUGGAGUGUGACCUAUGGGGCUGCCCAUGGUCCCCACGUCCUCCCCUGGCUGCCCACAGGCUGGUCCUCCCAUGCUGCCGCCACCACCAUCACCUGCCUCCCCUGUCCCCUCACCCCCUCUGGUCCUUCUGACCCCACCGAUGCUGCUAUGAACUUUUUUUUUUAAU